AUGGCUUACACCGAAUGUUCUAAAGCUACCGACUCCCAAACAAAAGAUGCCAAAGUUCUGCGCGUGACUCUGAGUAGCAAAGUACCUAACACCCUGUCAGAUAUGUCUGAGCCGCAAGCAUAUUCCCUGCUGGUGUCCCAGGAUGAAAAGGUUAACUCAGCUGUUGAUGCCCUCCAUCUGGAUUUCAGUGACAGCCCCAUAUCACCACAGCUGAAGGAGCACAUAGAGGCUAGAGUCAUGAAAGAGGCCAUCGAGACCAACCUGAUAAGGAAGUCGAGCGGCGGCCUGACGUACAUCGCCGAAUGGAAGGGGGGGCGCUCGGUGCCGACGGGGCGCCCGGCGACAAGACGGGCCACCAGAUGGAGCAAGCCGCCGAGAUCGCACGCACCUGUCACGAGUCUUUCCAGAACCAGUAACUCAUCAGGUUCUCGUUCGAGACGAUCUUCCGGUCCUGACGGCUUUGCUUUUUAUUUAGCUUUAAAGUUGGGCCCGGAGGCGUUCCGCUUCGACGGAGGAGUGGAGGCCAUCGCCACUCGGCAGAACGAGAAAUACUUCAUCCUGCGCCCUGAGGUGAUCGAGACCUACAUGUACAUGUGGAGGUUCACCCACGACCCCAAGUACCGGGACUGGGGCUGGGAGGCCGUCCAGGCCUUGGAGCGGCACUGUAAGAUGGAGGGGGGCUACAGCGGCAUCAGGGACGUCUACGCGGCCAAGCCCAACCACGACGACGUGCAGCAGAGCUUCUUCCUGGCGGAGACGCUCAAGUAUCUCUACCUGCUCUUCUCUGAUGACGACCACAUUCCCUUCGACCACUGGGUCUUCAACACGGAGGCCCACCCUCUGCCCGUCAUCAGGAGCGAGCGGCAGACGGAGCAGAACAACGAGGUGGAGUAGCCGACCAUGCGCACCGAGAACCUCGGAUCUCAUAGACCCGAGCCCGACGCUUCGGAUUUCUCUGGACCGGAAGUUUGUUUGCUUUGGAAUUCAUGGGAUCCAAGUGGACUUUCACUUUCCACUUGUCUUCUGUGGGAUAUUUUCACCACUCUAAGGUGGUCCAAUGUUCUCUUCAGAACCGGCGCCAGACGUGACGCUAGUGUGCUAACCGGUGGCGCCAAGGAGGACGAUCCCGGACGCCAUCUUUGUUUACAUUCGUCUUCUCCCCCCUCUGCUGUCCCGCCUCAGCAUCCGCAGGAAACCACGUUUGCUCUUUUGACCUUCAGGACGGAUACAGGAUGUUUUCCAAAAAAAAAAAGGACAUCUCCUGAGGGGGGUGUGGCUUGGGAACUGUAGCCACGCCCUCUCAUGACCUGCCAGUAACGUCGCAUCCUGUGAUCGUGUUUACAAGAAAACGUGCCCGAAAUCUAUCCCUCGUUAAAUACUCACCACGCAACUUUCGAAAUUCUUCUCAAAAAAACAAGGCGGCGCGAAACCACACAAUCCAGGGCAGCGACGCCCAGGCUGCUUCCUCCGAGACCGCGUGCAGGAAACAUCAAUCAUGCAGGAACCGCUUUUCUAUUCACCUCUCUUUUUUAUUCCAAAAUAAUCCAAAAUAUGAUCAGAAAUGAGAAUUUUUCUAGCUGACAAAGCCAAUAUUCUUUCCUAUUAGUCUGACGUUUCUUUUAAUAUUCCACAUUUCAACUUAUUUCCCAGCUUUUUGUUUUCUUUGCAGGCCUUUAAAACAAUAACAAACAAAAAAAAAGUAUUUCCAGAAAAAGCAGCGGUACAAUAAAAGACACAAGCUGCGGGCCCGGUUUGCAAAAAGUGGGACAAAAUGACUAUCUCCGAAAAUGAAGACAAAUUGACCAGUCAGUGUUGAUGAAACUGCAGUACCAGUCCUUGCCACUAUGUGGUGCAGCGACACGGGGGCCGUCUGAAGUGUGGAUCGAUUGAAAUAAUGUUGGAAAAUGGAGCAAAAAUGGAAAGUUUUUGCGUAUGCGGCCACACCCCCAAAAUGCACUCUAAAAAAACCCGAGAUGUCAGGUGGGAUACCUGGUGGUCGUCUACCAAGCAUAGUUUAUGUAAGGGCAGAAUUUCUUCCUUGGCGCUCAUGCGUGUCAAAAAAAAAAAAAGUUUUUUUUAUUGGGGGCGGGGAGGGUAAACUUUGUGCUAGUUUGUUUAUUGUUUUUGUUUUUUUUGCAAUCUUUGUUUUGGAUGUUGGUCGUCUUCUUGGGUGGUUUUUCUGCCAUGUGAGGAAGGCUGCCCCCCUCCUCUAUGAGGAGACGCACACGUGCUCACACACUGGAAGCCAUAACAGUCCUUGUAGUUCCGCUUCUCAAUGCAUCAUUCUCCAGAUGUUUUUUUUUAUGGGCGUGUCCAAGGCGACACCUCAGAAGCUAGUUUGAACUUGUGCCUUCGCUUCUGAAGUUGCUCCCACAAACAAAGGCUUGGUGAUCAUUAGUGGUAGAUAUUAGUACUGUAGCUUUAAGAGAGAGAGAGCGAGAGAGACAUGAGGAUGCUACCAAAACAACAACAAAUCAUCUUCAGGUGAUAGUUGGUUUAGUAGUGCCCCCUCCUGGCGAACAUGAAACGUGCAGCUGCUUUGACGGGACCAGUGGAGGGUAAACGUUGUGCAACACUGACACCAAGUGGUGAGAGGUGUACAUUACAGCGGUCCACUGCUCGACACAAGAUGGCUUUUUACAACAGAAAACAUCUCAGUCAUGCACGGGCGCUCUUGUUUGAUUUCUGGUCCUUAAUUGAUUAGAUCACAUGAUCAGUCCGGACCAUUUCAUACCUUUGACGUUAUUCACUCCGUGGACAUUUCAUUAGGUACAUCAACUGUGUGUGUGUCUGUGUGGUGGGGGGAGGGAUUUCGCAUUCAUGUGAAUUGUCGACAUUUUUCUUUAUACAAACGCGACUUGCUUGUGAUCAUGUUUUCAGUACAAUAUUUGUCCCAUCAGGAAGCAGCAGCUAUAAUGAUGGCUAGCAAUCGUGUCAAAAUAACAUUAUACGAUAAAUACACACAUUUCUGUAUCCACUAUAAAGAUGAGAUGGUGUACCUAAGGAAUGGGGAUCACUUCUCUCGUGUACGGCAUCCGUUCGGUCAAAAUUGUGGUUGACAAGCCGUCCCAUCAGAUUGUAAUCAGUGACAAUUAAUUUGUGUUGACUUUGCGUUUGUAUCCAUGCAAUGAUGGAUUUGAAUGUCUUUAAUUGUGUUAACUUAUUCGGGACCUGCCGAUAGUGUUGUAGCGUUACAAGCUGACCACCAGGGGGUGCUGUUGUUGCAGUCUAAUUAGUAGGAGUGAAUAAUCGUUGUGACGAAUUAGCGACUACUGUCGUAGUUGAUUGGUUCAUGUCAGCGAACAGCAGGAAGUACACGUAAAGUUUUGGAGAGAAAUUUGUGAAUGUACCGGCUAAUGUGAAGAAGUAGUAUUGUUUUCGUCUCAGAGCACAAAUGAGACGGCGACUUCUUUGUCUUCCUCUUUUUUCCCGGUCUGUUCUUCAUCUUACUUUUUCCUGUUUUUUUUCCAUCGUUGUCUUCUUUUUCCUCACAUUUGUCUUCCUCAAAUGAGACGUUUUCGCUGGCAUUUUUCCGUGACAUUUCUUAAUUUCAGUUCCAAUUUGGGGCGUUUUAAUCUGGAAACCCGUGGAUAGAUGAAAUAUUUAUUUAUUGUGAUGUUUACCCGCCCGACAAAAUUUCACUGCUUCGGUGAGGACAACUUUGCUUUAUUUCAAUCUGCGUGGGUAAAACUAUUUGGCAGUUGCAGUGUAUCUUGGUAAUACAUUUGCUGGAGGAUAAUUGAAGAUAUUUGUAGGCUGGAAGCUCCGUGAGAUAAUUUAAUUACAUUACAUUACUCUAUAAUUGUGGUUAAAAAAGGGUUUAAAAGAAAAAAAUUGCAUCUGACAUUCAUUUUUGUAUCCUAAGAUUUUGUUUUUCUAGCUAAUUUCAGCUGAUGUAGGCAGAAACGUAGCUCUUGUUUUAAUAAUAAUUUUGUUUAAUUUAAUUAUAGUUUUCCUGUUUAAUAAAUCAAGAUUUAUGUGACCGCAAUCAUUCCAUUGCACACAGUUUACUCUCUUUUUUUUGGUCUUCAUAUAAAAUAUUACUUUGUGGUAAUUUUUUUUGUUGUUGUUCAUAAAAUGAUGGUGAUUAUUAGAAAUAUUAUGGAGAAUUAUUGCAACUAUUCCAUAGUGGCAGAGAGACCACUGGACGUUUAUAUAAAGAUAUUCUGCGCUUUGUGGAUUCAAAUUAGAUGAAUGAGCUGCAGACUUUUUAAUAUACUAUAUUUGUUACACUUCUAUUGUGAAUAAAAAGAUCUUUUAUUAUGUG